AUGGCAUCCGCGUCAAAUGACAACGCUUUGGAGGAUAAAUUCCUCCUCUUCUGCGACUUUGUCAGAAAAGGUUCCACCACUGCUACUGAUAAGACAAUUAAGCGUAUCUUCACGGAUGGUGGAAUUUACUGCAAGGGCAUGGAUCCCAAUCGAGUGGAUAUUGAGUUCCGCGGAUUUAUCGGGAAUACUAAACGAGACGUCGAUUUUAAGGGCUUUGUUGAAUUUCUCGAGGGUCGAUUAGCAAAGACCUACGCUGCAGCCAAGGGCAUUGAGGAUCCAGCCGAAGCGGCGGCCACAUUGAAGUCGAUGGUGGAGAAUGCGACGCCUCAACUGCGCGGUGCCACGAAAACCAGUACCGAUGCGACUACUGCGCGUCUAACCGAUGUUAAAGGUUACACGGGCUCAGCAAAGGAACGCUUUGAUCCUUCCACGGGAAAAGGAAAGGGCAAAGCGGGUCGGGAAGACCCACCUCCAGCUUUCACCGCCUCGGGUAUUUCUGCUCCUCGAAAAUGA